GAAGAGUGUUGGGGAGAGAGCUGGAUGGGCUGGGGGGACGGGAGAGAGACGGGGAGGAGGGGAAAUAGAAAGAAAGGAGCCUUAGGGCCGGAAUCCCCGGUCUGGAGUGCACCGUAAAGAUAACCUCGUAUUGUCGAGGAACCUGAAGUUCACAGUGGACCAGGGACUGACUCAAGGGCAAAAUGGCAGCACCGCAGCUCUCCCGACUCUCAGUUCAUCGGGCCCUGAAAGUGUCCGAUGGGGCGGCCCCGGUGAGGCGGGGAAGGAGGAGGCGUGGCCCCUGCGCUCGGGAAGCUCUUCAAGGAGAAAACUCGGGCCCGGGGGACUGGAGGGGGCGGGGACCAAGAGAGAAAAAGUGAGGACGAGAAAUAGAAGUGAGAAAGGAUGCGGUCGUGGAACCGGAGCAGGUUCCGUCCGGAGCCUUGGCUCUUGACGUUCCCUUUUCCUGGCGUGUCACCAGCUCAAGUCUUUGCGGAUUCCUUAUAUUUCAUGGCAGGAGGGGUGGAUAAACCUAGGAAUAGUGAAGACAACAAGAAAUUAAUCCAGAGCUUUCCUCAUAGCUCAGAACCUAUCCUCAGUAAGAAUGUCAGAUAGGGUUGACUGGUUACAAAGCCAAACUGGAGUUUGCAAAGUUGAUGUCUGUUCCCCCGGAGACGGCCAACCCCAGGACUGGAAAAUGUUGGAUGAAUCCUUGUCCAUUUUUAAGGAAGCCUCACAUGAUCCCAUCAGAGUGCUCAGCUGGCUCCGCAGAGACCUGGAAAAAAGCACAGCAGGGUUCCAAGAUGUUAGAUUCAAGCCUGGAGAAGCAUCAUUUGGUGGGGAAAUGAUCAACUCAGGAGACCCACGCAAAAGUUUCUGUGUGGACUAUUAUAACACCACCACCAAGGGCAGUCCAGGGAGAUUGCAUUUUGAGAUGAGUCACAGAGAGAACCCUUGUCAGGGCCCCAGUGCCCACGUUGGUAACAGGAGCUCAGUAGACGAAGUUUCCUUCUACGCCAGUCGCCUCACAAAUCUCGUCAUAGCCAUGGCCCGCAAGGAGAUCAACGAGAGGAUUGACGGCUCUGAGAACAAGUGCAUCCAUCAGUCAGUGUACAUGGGGGAUAAGCCCGCACCCAACAAAAGCCUGAGCAAGGUGGCAUCAGAGCUGGUGAACGAGACUGUCUCUGCCUGUUCCAAAAACUCCACCUCGGAUAAGCCUCCUGGCUCCUGUGACAGAGCCUCAGGAACAUUACAGAGUCCCCUGAAUUUAAAACACAAAAGCGCUUUGAAGAUCAAGGACAGCACCAAGGAAAGCAGGAGUCCAGACGACAAGCCUUCUUCUAAGAAGUCUUUCUUCUAUAAGGAAGUGUUUGAAUCUUGUAACGCAAGCGAUGCCACAGAGGGCGGAAGGUCCUUACCCGCAGAGGGAGAGAUGUUCAGAGAGCAGGAAAGACCCGAUGACUUCACAGCUUCUGUCAGUCAAGGGGUCAUCACCUACGCUAACAGUGUGGUGUCUGAUAUGAUGGUCUCCAUCAUGAAGACACUGAGGAUCCAGGUGAAGGACACGACCGUUGCCACCGUCCUGCUAAAGAAGGUCCUGAUCAGGCACGCGAAAGAGGUGGUCUCAGAUCUCAUCGACUCCUUCAUGAAGAACCUCCACGACGUCACAGGGGCCCUCAUGACUGAUACGGACUUUGUCUCGGCCGUGAAAAGAAGUCUCUUCUCUCAUGGAAGCCAGAAGGCCGCAGAUAUCAUGGAUGCCAUGCUGGGUAAACUCUACUCAGUGAUAUUUGCCAAGAAACCUCCUGAGACUGUCAGGAAAACCAAGGACAAGUCUGAGAGUUAUUCCCUCAUGUCCAUGAAAGGAAUCAGUGACCCUAAAAACCGAAACGUCAACUUUGCAUCCAUGAAAUCUGAAGGUAAAUUGAGGGAAAAAAUAUGCCCUCCUGCACCCAAACCCGAGAAGGAGAAGACUUGUGUUGAAACUCUGGGUGAGCACAUCAUCAAAGAGGGACUGUCCCUGUGGCAUAAAAAUCAGCAGAUUGAAGGAAAAUCUCCAGGUUUCCAGUGUGCACCGUUUGUAGCUUCCAACAAACAGUGUAAGCCUGCGCCAGACUUUCCCUUGGGAGUUCCUUUCGAUCCUUGCAACGUCAGUCCGUCUGUGCAUCACCCAGAGCAACUGGAGAAUGUUAUGUAUGAUUCAGACUCCUGGGCCAAGGACCUGAUCGUAUCUGCCUUACUUCUGAUUCAGUACCACCUGGCCCAGGGGGGAAGCAUGGGUGCACAGAGCUUCCGUAAAGCUGCUGGCAGCACCAACUUGCAGGCCAACAGGUCCCCUGCAGUUUCUGAUGAGUCCGGCCUUAGGUCUCCUCAUAUGGGGGUUGACCAAGAAGAAGCAGAAAAGAAGGGUCUGAUGAGCGCUUUCUUCAACUUCAUCCAGAACUUACUCGGUGAGACCAUUUUCAAGAGCGACCGUAGCCCUGAACCCAAGCCAACUAAGGAAGAAGACAGUCCCCAGUGUGAAAGACCUGUAACUCCUUCUCCCAUCAAAUUAAAUGAAGGUGAUGAGGCUGGAGGUACUUUUGCUGGGCUGACCAAGAAGGCUGCUAACCCGCUAGAUGACCACAUGAACGGGCAAAUGGUAGAACAUCUGAUGGACUCAGUGAUGAAGUUGUGUCUCAUUAUUGCCAAGUCCUGUGACUCUCCGUUGGCAGAACUAGGAGAUGAUAAGUCUGGGGAUACCAACUGGCCAACUUCAGCCUCCCCAGAUAGUUUACGUGAGUGUUUGCCAACCAAGGGCACAGGGACAGCAGAGGUCCUCCUGAAGAAUGCUUAUGAAGCUAUCUAUAACGAAUUGAGAGGUCUGUCAGGACAGCUCCCCGAAGGGUGUGCAGCUCCCAAAGUGAUUGUCAGCAGUCGCAACCUAACCGAUACGCUUCAGAACAAGCAACUCCAAGCCGUUCUUCAGUGGGUGGCCGCCUCUGAGCUCAAUGUCCCCGUUUUGUACAUUGCUGGUGAUGAUGAAGGGAUCCAGGAGAAGUUCUGAAUCAAUUGAGAAGUAAGACCAAAGAAUAAGGCAGAUGGAAAGUCAGCUUAUUACUGUUAUUACUGAUAAAGGUAAGUGUGCCUCCUAACUCCUUUCUUCUCCCAGUUUAGGCCUUGGAACUGUUCACUGAAGGGAAAUUUGGGGUCCAGAAAGCUUUUAUUUAUGUAGUUGCUGUUUCAUGCUAGUGUGGGAGAAUUAAGAGAGACCAUCUCCACAACACACACACACACACACACACACACACGCACACACGCACACACACACACACACACACACAGGAUUUUUUAUUAUUUUCCCUCAAUUGAGAAAAGUAGAACAAGGGCAUUUUAAGUAGUAGGAGGUGGCACAAAAGGCUGGGAUUAUUUAUAAAAAGCAUUCAUCUUCUUAGAAACCAGAGGACGUGGAGGAAGAGGCUUUCUCUGUUUAAUAUGUGGUAUUAGUAACCCUUGUAACUGGGUUACUUGCUUUAUCUGAUGACCGGCCAGAAUGCACAAAAUAUAAAAUUUGAUUAGUUUAUUGCUGUGAGGAUUCCAGGUGGAAUAGCAAUGUACUUUGCUCAUAUUAGAAUACUUGCUUUGGCUCAUUUUUUCUCAUUUUAAGCUUGGGAAGAGAAUUAAACAUAGGGUUCAGAGACCUGGGUAUGAGUAUUGCCUCCGCUAAUUUCUAGCAUUGUAUUACUGACAAUCUGCACCUCUCCGGGCAGCAUUUUCAUGGGGGUUGAAUGGGUCUCUGAGUCACCUUCCUGCUCUAGCAUCCCAGUGUUGUCUGGUCUGUGGGGCAGGGAAAGCAGCACCUACAUUUGUCCUUUGUCUCCUUCUCUCCUGCGCUUGUCAGUCUUGGGACAGUGAUGGAGCCCGUUUUAUGAUGUUACAGUGAGCUUAAGAACUUUAGAAUCCUUAGAAGGCAGGAACACCAUUGACCAAACACCCACUGGAAGCAGGAAGUUUUUAGUCGUAGUGGGAAAUCACAUUUUCCGUAUCACGGACAGGGGGAUGUUACUUAAAUUAAGGGCGAUGUAACCACCUUUCUUCUGUCAGACGGGCCAGCGGGCGUCCCGGUUAUGGACAUCUCCUCAGUGUCUCCCUCAAGGCCCUCCCGCUGCAGGGGCUCGUUUGCCCUCACCUUGGCAGCCCGUCCCCGCCCUCGGUGGGAUGCUCUGCCCCCCACCACUGCUUUCCUUCCCUCCCUCAGCUACUUCAGCUCUCGGCAGCCGCCGUGGAAAAAGGGCGCAGCGUAGGCGAGGUUCUGCAGUCGGUGCUGCGCUAUGAGAAGGAGCAACAGCUGGACGAGGCGGUGGGCAACGUCAUGCGG